CCACCGCCUAAGCGUGGCGCUGUUUUGUUGUCAUACUAUAACUGACUUUGUUUAUAAUUCAAAUUCAACAAUUACUUUGACUAAAAUGAAGACUGUUUCCACAAAUAACGUGGAACAUGAUAGAAUCCAUUCAAGUUUAAUUCAGCGUGAAACCCAGGAACGCAUUGCCAUCGCUGGCCUAACAACAGAGAUAUUAUCGAAACUCAACAUAUCCAUUGAAUCUUUACCUCAAAAAUGCCAGCAGUUACUCCAUCAGGCCGCCGAAACACAGCAAGCAUUGGAUAUCGAAGAACUAGACCCUAUCGUUAUAUCUCUACACCAAACAAAAGAACUGUCAGAAAAUCUAGAAGAUGAGUACGAGAUAUUAAAAUUAAAACAGAGAAAUAUGAAGUUGAAGCGCAAAUAG